AUAUUACAGGUGUAAACGAUAGAAGUAAAUAAGUAAUAUAUAUGCGAGUGCUCUUCAAUGACAUUGAACAUUCGCAUGCUGAAAAUACCAAAGUGUGGGGCUCAGGAAAGAAGUAUGGAUUUUGACAUCUCAGCUGGUAAAGUGGUAAACGCUGACAUCAGGCCCGACUCAUCCAUGCACUCCACGAUUCUAAAAACUCCAGAGCAGUCACCAGCAUAUCCUUACAGACAGAACACCGUUUCCAACGUUCUUCUGCACGGGAUCCCAAUAGUAUCGCUGUUAAUUGACGGAAAGGAGAGACUUUGCCUAGCGCAAAUAUCCAACACACUUCUAAAGCAGUUCAGCUAUAACGAAAUCCACAACCGCCGUGUUGCUCUUGGGAUCACAUGCGUACAGUGUACUCCUGUUCAGUUGGAAAUUCUGAGACGGGCCGGGGCCAUGCCAAUUUCAUCUCGACGAUGUGGCAUGAUAACCAAAAGGGAAGCUGAGCGAUUGGUUAAGUCUUUUCUUGAAGACAAUCGGCCACCCAAACUGCCUGAAAAUUUCUUUUUUGAAGUAAUUCACAAAUGCGGCUGGGGAUGCAAAGGAAAGUUUGAGCCGUCCCGUUACAACAGUUCCCGAGCAAAAUGCAUCCGAUGCAAUGUAUGCAAUCUUUAUUUUUCACCAAAUAAGUUCAUUUUCCACUUUCAUCGUACACCAGACGCAAAGUACAAUCACCCAGACGCUGCAAACUUCAACUCAUGGCGAAGACAUUUACAUCUCUGCAACAAGGAACCAGACGAUGUAUUUCAUGCUUGGGAAGAUGUCAAGGCCAUGUUUAACGGUGGUAGCAGGAAAAGAAUGGUAUCUUCACCUGGAUUUCCAGACUCGAGUCCUCCCAUGUCGCCGACAGAGCCUAAACGUCCUAAGCAACCAAUAAUAGAAGAACAUAUUACGACAAAACCAAACUUUACACCACAUUACCAACCCUAUCCUCUGUUCUCUAUGCCGGGAAAGAACUAUACAUUUAAUCCAAUGGCAGCGGCAAACCCGUUAUCAUUUCAUUAUCCGCUGACGACAAAGCCUGAUCUGGGAGAUGAAACAAAGCAACAUAUGACUUUCAGUCCUUGGCGUCAACCAACAGACAUGUUCAUGCCCCCUUAUGACUUAUUAUGGGCUAGUCAGUUCUCUACUCGGGCUGGGAGCAUGAACGGAAUAAGACAAAAUUAUAUCAACUCAUCACCUGUCAAGGAUCUUUCCACAACCGAUAAUUCGUUAAGACAGUCUCCUUCUGAAAUUCACACAUCUUCGGAGGAUGAGGAAGGUACAUAUAGUCUACAAUGUGAUGGAGAACAUCAAGGAAAUCACCGCCCGUCUGCAUUUAGGCCUGUACGGAAAACAUACAGAAGUGACAACACGCAAAGGGAUGGUUCUUCUCCAACCUAUAAUGUUGACAAGAAAAAUGAAAAUGAAGAGCAAGAUAUUGACGUCGAGAAAGAUGUCGAAGAGGAGGAAACAUACGAAGUUGAAAGACAAGAACAUGAUGGGCAUUCUACGACUAAUACGAGCCCAGAACCUACAGAAAAUGACUCGACCAUUGAGUGCAUCGAGGAUCCCACAGGGAAUGACGAAUCAGCGCAGAAUAUCAGCACAUCAGACAAUGAAGAGAGAAAGGUUAAAAGCCCCGAAAUCACACAAGCGCCCACAAACAAUAAUGAAGAACCAGACCAUAGUAAAUCUAGUCGAAAUCUGAAUAAAGAUGACAUCAACACCAUGACAAAAGAGGAGCUGGCGCGGCUGCUGCAGUGUGAGAUGGAUGUACGGCGGCAAGUGGAGAGCGAUAUUGACCGGCUAAGGCGGUCGCUGGAGGAUAGGGUCAGCAAGGAGAAAUCACAGAGAGACGAUAUCUCCGUCCAACUACAAGUCAUGAAAGAUGCCCUUUGUAAUGAGCUAGAACAAGAAAGAAAGAUACGGGUUACCAUGCAGCAAAAACUUAAAGAGGCCCACGACGCCCUCCACUCCUUCUCGGGGACGGUGUUUCCUGCCGGGAGACCACGAGGGCCAGAGGGAGACAAGGCCCUACACUGAUGACCACAUUCUGAAUGGAAAUUAGUUGUUUGACCUAAGAUAACUAAAAACAAUGUUAUUGAUUUACCUGAAAAUGGGGACGGUGUUUCCAGCCGGGAGACCACAAGAACCAGAAGAAGACAAGGCUCUACAUUGAUAACACAUUGAGCAAAGGAAACUAGUGGUUUGACCUUGGAAACUAACACACA